CCCUCUUCUUUGUGGCAGCCCCUCAAAUACUGGAAUACCGCUAUGAUGUCAACCUUCCUACCUGGGUGGCAUGAGGCGUACAGUAUUCCUGCUCACGAGGUGAAGCAUAUAUAUAUGGCACCUGACAGGGAAAGCUCCGCCUUCGCCCUCCAACCAAGCGCGGCCACUGGAGCCCUCAGGAAACCCGCACGGGCCGCUGAACCCGAGGAGGCGGGUUCUCCCUCCCGCCUUCGUCUCUUCGCUCGGGGCUGGCGCUCGAGCCAGGGCAGAAGUAGUUCGGUGCCUGGGCUUGGGGGAAUUUCUUUCCGCUCAGCCUCGGCGAUUCUACAGACAUGGCAAUCCCGCGGAGCUGCUGGCUGGUGCUUGUUCUCGCCAGUGUGGUGCCUGACGUGCAGUUGUACUUACAAGUCAGGCCUUCCUGUAGCAGUGAGCAACAUUAUGAAUAUUCUGGCCGAUGCUGCACCAAAUGUGAACCAGGAAAGUACAUGGCCAAAAAGUGCACUGCCUUUUCAGAGACUGUAUGCAAACCGUGUGGCUCAAAUGAGUAUAUGGAUAUCUGGAAUGAAGAGGAAAAAUGUUUUCUUCAUAAAAUAUGUGAUAGGGGAAAAGCUUUAAUAGAAGUGAUUCCAGGAAACAGCACAUUCCAAAGACAAUGUGCUUGUAUUGCUGGCUACCAUUGGAACAGAGACUGUGAUUGCUGUCGACGAAACACAAAAUGCUCUCCCGGUUCUGGAGUGAAAUUUCCCAUACAGCAAGAUAAGAAUACAGUGUGCAUACCAUGUCCCACUGGUUAUUUCUCUAAUGUCUCCUCUGCAACUGAUGCAUGCAAAGCCUGGACAAAUUGCACAGCUUUGGGAACUGAAGAAAAGAUUCCUGGGAAUGAUUGGUCUGAUGCAGUUUGUAAGCCACAAGAGAAAACACAUUCAGAAGAUGGUAAAUACGAAAGCACCACUUAAUAUUUUAAGAUUUUCUGGGAUUUCUAUAAUUAAAGUUACCUUUUAUUUUGGCUUCAUCCCAUGAUAUGGUGAACUACUCAAUAACUUCAGUAAUGCUAUGAGUGAUAGGAGCAGGAGCUCCUAGUAGGGUUUUAUUGCUGAUAGGAGUCCACUGGAGUUGGGUAGCUAAUCAAUCCAAAUAAAUAAAAUUCCAAAAGGUAAGAGUGAUGCUAAUAGAAACCCAUAACAGAACUCAGGACAGGCAGGGGUCUAGAGGCUUAAGGAAAGCCAACUUGCCUAUUAAGUAGAAACUCCACAAUCAAACUCCAAAAAAGAAAUGGCAAAUUGCUUUGGUAUUUUGGCAAGAAAUGUAUACGAACAUGGCUGAAAUAUGAAGUGAAGUUUAAGUGCCAUAUGAUGAGAAUGUGAAGCAGGAAGGCACUCUUCCAAUUAUUGGAAAAACAUCUUGAAUUCUUAUGAGUAAAAUUGAAUGUGAUAAUAUCACUAGACCAAAGAAAAUCUAAUCACUGAGGGUGUCAGUAUUUGAAAGCAGUUUCUUGUUUUACAAGAACAUGUGCAAUUUUACAAGGACAUGUGCAAUGAAACAUAUAAACCAAGAACAAUUUGAAAUUGUAAAUGCAUAAAUAAAGUACACUAAACUGAAUGGAUUUUGGUUGACUUGAAUGGGCCACUUUAGAUUAAUAGUAAAUUAUUAUAUCAGAAUUGCCUUAGGGCAGGAGACAAAAUAAAGAGAAAUGGAGGCCAGUCAGGCAUAUAUAAAGUGAUGGAGAUCCUAUUCAGCAAAGGGAUUUGGGCUGUUGAGCUGAGGUGAUUGCAUUGCCAAGGAAGACAGGCCAUCCAAUUUGUCUCAGUAAAGAAAUAUGGUCUGAAGCCAGUAUUAUGGGAGAAGGUUGAAAUGCUUCCAGAUUAGAGGGUUUGGGGAUUGCCUGCAAUAUAUGCCCUAUCCUGAAGAAUCUUCAGGAUAUGCCAAGGGUGCUCUGGGCUGUGCAGCUUUGAUUCUGAA